AUGAUGAUAUGCGAUAUAAGCGGUGGUGUGAGAUGCGUGCAGUGCAUGCGGAAUUCGAAAGGAGCUGUUGUAUAUCGAAUUGAGCCGGAGAAUGUUCCGUUCGAUGUUACACCCUUUUCCGGUGAUGUAUUUAGUCGUUACGAUAUACCAAAUGGCAAAUAUUUCUUUAAUAUUGUUGCUGCCAAUUCAUUUGCACAGGAAGCUCGUGCUAAUGUUCGGAUUUUGGUUGGUCCACGGAUCGAUCCGAAACAGCAAUUCAAAAGGCCCAAAAUUAAAAAAUCGCGCUAUCGACGGAGUAGAAGAGAUUUUGGCAAUGAAAUUGUGCUAACACUGAAAGAGAAUCAUCCAACUGGGUUACUGGAAGAGAAAAUAAGCCUUAAUCCUAACGAAAAGGUGAUCUUUGCACCAGCAACAACGGAUUAUCUUAGAAUACAUGGUAAUGGAUUAAUAGAGCUUAUCAAGCCGCUGAAUUAUGAAUUCGAAAUGUCCCAUCAAGCAGCUGUACAGAUUAGCGGUUUGUUCAAAGGUUGGCCAUCAUUUAACUAA